GAGGUCUAGCAAGUAGUAAAGGUCAUCACGUGACUUUGCCGACCGCUUGCCUUUCCGUUCACCUUCAUCGAAAGCAACGAUGGCCUUAGGAGACUACCCGCCCGAGUACAACCCCAGGGUUCACGGACCUUACGAUCCGUCUCGCUACUAUGGAAAACCGGACACUCCCUUCUCGGAGCUGCGUCUCACCGAGGUUUCGUCCUGGCUGAUGAGGCGGCAGAAGUCCCCGAGGGCCUUUGCUGGCCUCUGCAGUAGAGCAUUCUGGCGCUGGCAGAUGAAGUAUGUGCAGCCCAAGUAUGCAGGCAUCACGCCGCUUGUCCAGUUUGCGGUGGCCUCGUCCCUGUUCUUCUACUAUCUGAACUACGGCAAGCUCAAGCACGAGAGGAAAUACAAGUACCACUGAGAAGUGGCAGUUACCUUGUAGAGCAGAUCAGCAUUGAUCUUGUUGGUGUCCAAGGUUAUAGGAAAGUAUUGCAAGCCUGAAAUAAAGCAUUCGAAAAAGAG